CAUAACAAAGUAGCCUUUGAACACAUGCCACACACAUGAGCAUUGUGUUCGACUGAAACAAAUUGCAAGCUUACAUCUAAGAUGCAUUGUAUUAUUGCGGAUCUUUUUCUGGCUUGAAUAACGAUGCAUGCACAUAACUAUCGCUAUCUUUCAUGAGCAUUGAAGGUGCAUACUUCUACUAGCCAAUAGUAAAUCAGUAUUCCCGCCGCCAAAAUGUCUCAGAGUGCACAUGGAAAGUGGACUGUUUCCAGUAGUGAUGACGACGAUGACGUGCCUCCCCGCUCAAACAACAUCAAGACAGAGAGAGUAGAAACGCCUCAGCAAGACACAAGAAAGACUGAACCUGCAACAAGGAAGAUUGCUAGGUUCUUCCAGUCAAACACAGACAAGCCUGAUGUCAAAUCAGAACCGUCCUUACCGGUGAAGAAAGAGGAGAAGCCCUCAUCCCUGGCCAUGGGCUCGGAGGCCCGGCAGAUGGCUCAUGCCAACCAGCAGCAGCCGGUGAAGUAUGAGAACAACAACCCCUCGCCUGCCGCCAAGAGGAAGAGGGAGACGGAGGAGGCUGGCUGGGCCUUGUCAAGCAGCGACGAUGACGACGACGACAACGACAACAAGGACAACAAACACAAGGACCGGGUCAUCCCGUCUGGACAGAAGACACAGCCCAAAAAACAGCCUAGCCCCAAACGAGUGAAGAAGGAGGUCGACCGGCCUCCCAGCCCCCACGGCCGUACGUACUACAUCGACGAGCCCGUGGACUACUUCGAGACCAGCAUCGAUGAGGAGGCGGAGACCUACCGCUUCUACCUGAACAAAGUGGUGGGGCUGGACAAGAAGUACAACACGGGAGCCAUCCACAUCAAAGAAAUUCUCUCCCCCAUGUUUGGAACUCUGAAAGAAUCUGUGCAGUUCAACUACUGCUUUGAUAUCCCCUGGAUGGUGGAACAGUACCCUCCGGAAUUCAGGGAUAAGCCUGUCUUGAUUGUUCAUGGCGAGAAGCGAGAGUCCAAAGCCCGCUUAAUCCAGCAGGCCCAGCCAUAUGCCCACGUCCGCUUCUGCCAGGCGAAACUGGAUAUUGCCUUUGGCACACACCACACGAAGAUGAUGCUGCUCUGGUAUGUGGAAGGGUUUCGAGUCGUCAUCCUGACCUCCAACAUGAUCCGAGCCGACUGGUACCAGAAGACUCAGGGGAUGUGGAUGAGCCCUCUGUACCCCGUCUUGCCCGAGGGGAGCCCCGAGACUGCAGGGGAGUCUCCGACGUUCUUCAAGAGGGACCUGCUGGAGUACCUGCAGGCCUACAGGGCCCCGGAGCUCAGCGAGUGGAUGCAGCGCAUCAGAGAACACGACCUCUCAGACACCAGUGUAUACCUGAUUGGCUCGACCCCUGGGCGUUAUGUGGGAGCUGAUAUGGAGAAGUGGGGCCAUCUCCGCCUGAGGAAGCUGUUGCGUGAGCACACUAAGCCAGUGCCUAACGAGGAGGCCUGGCCCGUGAUUGGUCAGUUCUCCAGCAUCGGCUCCAUGGGAUUGGACAAGACCAAGUGGCUGGCCGCGGAGUUCCAACGCACGUUAACUACGCUCGGCAAAGGAGGGAAAUCAGUUGGUCCAGAACCACAAAUGCUACUGGUGUACCCCUCGGUGGACAACGUGAGGACGAGUCUGGAGGGAUACCCAGCCGGAGGCUCCCUGCCUUACAGCAUCCAAACAGCCCAACGGCAGCUUUGGCUUCACUCAUUCUUCCAUCACUGGAAGGCAGAGACAACAGGGCGAAGCCAUGCGAUGCCGCACAUCAAGACCUACAUGAGGGCAUCCCCAGACUUCACACAGCUCGCCUGGUUCCUCGUCACAAGUUCCAACCUGUCCAAAGCGGCCUGGGGCGGGAUGGAGAAGAACAACACGCAGGUGAUGGUGCGCUCCUACGAGCUGGGCGUGCUCUACCUGCCCUCCGCCUUCAACUUGAGUACGUUCCGCGUGCAGAAGAAUGUGUUCCCUGCUGGUGAGGGUUCCUCUGGGUUCCCCGUGCCUUUUGACCUGCCCCCUCAGCGUUACUCCAGCAAAGAUCAGCCUUGGAUCUGGAACAUUCCGUACACACAGGCUCCAGACACCCACGGCAAUGUAUGGGUUCCGUCCUGAAGAGUAUGGUACUGCCAUGGUAGCGCCACCUGUGGCUAGAAGACGACACUGCAGCGUCCAGAGGCACAAUGGGAUGUCUGUCUAAGACUCUGUUGUCAGUCAGUCCUGACCUGUCUAUCUGUGCAACAGGCUUUAAUCCUCACUAGUGACUCUGUUUGUAAAAGUACAACAAUCUGUCAGUCAAAUAAAGUGAAAAAAAACACUUUUUUUUUCAUUGUGUAGAGUUGGUGAUUAAUUUAGUUAUACCAUGAACAGAGGAAUCGUUAGGAACUAUCACAUGUCUGUCUCAAAAGUGUAUCCUUUUUCUAUGUUGCCACUAAUAAAUCUUUU